AUGAAUGACUGGGCGUACCCGCCAUCUAAUCCCAAUCCCAAUCCAUUAGUAUUUUUUAUUUCCAAGAAAAUGGGUGGGCUUGCGAGGACUUGCCUGGGGAACCCAUUUAGGCGAUACAAAACUGCCCGCCUCGAUGAUCUUUGCUCCCGCCGCACCGAGCCGGUUUAUCAACUCGACUUUGACUUGCUGUGGGAUCGCCGUGGGUUCGUUUUGAGGCCGUCUCGAGGACCUACUUCGACAAUGCGAACAAAUUUGUUUGUGGAUGCUGUUGCAUAUCUCCUCGAUAGUGCAUUCACGCUAGGAGCAGCCAACACCAUUCGUCGAGACAUGGUCGUAGACAUGUGCAUUCUUCGUCAUUAUUAUUGGCGCGGUCCCAAGUCUGGUGACUGGCAAGUUCCGGUAUACAUUAUGAUGUGCAAACAAGUAUAA